AUGCCGCAAUCCAAACAUGCAGUGAGGACACUCCUUACUUGUUCUGAUGCCUUAGCGGAGAUCUGGUCCGUGUUUAUCGCGAUCCUGCGCAAGAGCGUCCGCAACCUGCAGGCGUGCACAGACGUCGGCCUUAUACACCACGUGCUGCAAAGGCUACCCCGAGCAGAAACAGUUGUCGCUGAUUUACUCAUCGAAAUGCUGGGAGUCCUUGCAAGCUACAGUGUCACAGUCAAAGAACUCAAGCAGCUGUUCAACGCCAUGAAAGCUGUUAACGGCAAAUGGCCGCGCCAUUCAGCUAAGCUCCUCAACGUGUUACGUCAAAUGCCCCACAGGAACGGACCAGACGUCUUCUUCAGCUUCCCUGGAAGGAAAGGAUCGGCGAUUGUGCUGCCCCCGUUAGCACGGUGGCCCUACGAGAACGGAUUCACCUUCACCACAUGGUUCAGACUCGAUCCCAUUAAUUCAGUCAACAUUGAGAGAGAGAAACCAUAUCUAUACUGUUUCAAGACGAGCAAAGGCGUUGGUUACACGGCGCACUUCGUGGGCAACUGUCUUGUACUAACAUCGAUGAAGGUCCGCGGCAAAGGAUUCCAGCACUGCGUCAAAUACGAGUUUCAACCUAGAAGAUGGUACGCGAUAGCUGUAGUCUACAUCUACAACAGAUGGACGAAGAGCGAGAUCAAAUGCCUGGUCAAUGGCCAGCUCGCCUCCAGCACAGAGAUGGCCUGGUUCGUCUCCACUAAUGAUCCUUUCGACAAAUGCUACAUCGGCGCGACGGCUGAGCUGGACGAGGAGCGCGUCUUCUGCGGCCAGAUGGCGGCCAUCUACCUGUUCGGAGAGGCGCUCACCACGCACCAGAUCUGCGCCAUGCACCGCCUCGGACCUGGAUAUAAGAGUCAAUUCCGUUUCGACAACGAAUGCAACAUCAGUUUACCGGAAAAUCACAAAAGGGUGAGCGAGACGGCUGCGCCCAAGCUUGAGUACGCUGAACCCCUGCCCGAUCCCGAUAAUGAUCCCAAUCCCGAAAUCAAUCCCGAAACCAAUCCUGACGCUUCUGAAGAUACCAGGGGAGCAGAAGAAGAUAGUGUUGUAGUAAAGGAAGACUCGACGCCUCGAGGGAGGAGGCUGGCGGACGAAGCGCGCGAAGUGGCCGCCGCGCAUGCGACCCUGCUCGUAGAUAUUGAAGCAUGCAAGCGUGGUCAGUUCCGUUUCGCCUCGGAGUCCAGAGUGCCCCUACCGACCGCUGAAGUCCGGGUAGAUAAAUACGGCGAUCUUAUACACGAUCCAACGCAGAAUAUACACGAUGUUUUGUACGACGGCAAGUUGUCAUCAGCCAUUGUGUUCAUGUACAACCCGGUGGCAACAGACGGCCAACUAUGUCUACAGUCUGCGCCCAAAGGCAACGUCUCCUACUUCGUGCACACGCCGCACGCUCUCAUGCUGCAGGAGGUGAAAGCGGUGGUAACACACUCCAUCCACAGCGCGCUCAACUCUAUCGGUGGCGUGCAAGUCCUGUUUCCACUGUUCGCGCAGCUCGACCUGCCGCAUGACGCGCCGGCCAACGAGCCCAAGAGAGAUCCAAUGCUAUGCUCGAAGCUGCUCGGUUUUGUAUGCUCGCUGGUGGAGUCGUGCAGCACGGUGCAACAACACAUGCUACAGUGCCGCGGCUUCCUCGUCGUCUCCCACAUGCUGCAGCGCUGCGCCCGCGACCAUCUCACUGCAGACACGCUGGCCUCCUUCCUGCACCUCACCAAGCAUCUCGUCACUUGCUGUUCGCCCAACUCUGAUCUGUUGCUCAAACAGCUGCUUGACCACGUGUUGUUCAACCCUUCGCUGUGGAUCCACACACCGGCAGCAGUGCAAGCUCGGCUUUACUGCUAUCUGGCUACUGACUUCCUGGCUGAUGCACACAUCUACGGCAGCGUGAGGAGAAUCAGCACAGUUCUUCAAACUGUACACACACUCAAGUAUUACUAUUGGGUGGUCAAUCCAAGGACUAAGAGUGGGAUCACUGCUAAAGGAUUAGAAGGUCCCAGGCCCGCGCAUAAGGAUAUCCUCACCAUCCGCGCGUAUAUCCUACUGUUCCUGAAGCAGCUCAUUAUGAUCGGCAACGGCGUCAAAGAGGACGAGCUCCAGGCCAUCCUCAACUACCUUACAACCAUGCACGAGGAUGAGAAUCUUCACGAUGUUCUACAGAUGUUGAUAUCUCUGAUGUCUGAACACCCCAGCUCUAUGGUGCCAGCUUUCGAUGCAAAGGGCGGAGUCCGGACGAUAUUCAAGCUGCUGGCCUCCGAGAGUCAGCUGAUCAGACUGCAAGCCCUCAAACUCCUCGGCUUCUUCCUCAGCCGGAGCACACACAAACGUAAAUACGACGUGAUGUCGCCCCACAACCUGUACACACUGCUGGCGACGCGGCUGGGCGCGGCGGGCACUGGGGGCACUGCUGGCAGCGCGGGGGGCACGGCCGGGAUCACGGGGGGCACGGCGACCGCGGGGCUGUCGCUGCCCGUGUACAACGCGCUGUACGAGCUGCUGACGGAGCACGUGGCGCAGCAGAUCCUCUACACCAGCCACCCGGAGCCGCAGCCGCACUUCCGACUGGAGAACCCCAUGAUACUAAAAGUGGUAGCGACACUGAUCCGACAGUCCAAGCAGACGGAACAGCUGCUGGAAGUGAAGAAGCUGUUCCUGUCGGACAUGACGCUGUUGUGCAGCAACAACCGCGAGAACCGGCGCACGGUGCUGCAGAUGUCGGUGUGGCAGGAGUGGCUGGUGGCCAUGGCCUACAUACACCCUAAGAACGCGGAGGAGCAGAAAAUCUCCGACAUGGUGUACUCGCUGUUCCGUAUGCUGCUGCACCAUGCCAUCAAGCACGAAUACGGCGGCUGGCGCGUCUGGGUCGACACCCUCGCUAUUGUGCACUCCAAGGUUUCAUACGAAGAGUUCAAGCUCCAAUUCGCUCAAAUGUACGAACACUAUGAGCAACGGCGCGCCGACAACAUAACCGACCCGGCGGAGCGCCAGCAGCGACCGAUAUCGACCAUAUCUGGCUGGGACAGACACACCGAGCCCACCGCACCUCGCCUUCGCCCCGACACCGACGACAGCGUCGUCAGCACUCCGGGCACCAUCAAGAAACAGAACGUCCUCAACCACGCGGCACAGACGGAGAUCGGCAAAGGCCUCUCCCUCAGGGAGGUCGAGGGCUGCAAUUGCAGCAAACGUGAUUCCCGUGAUAGUGACAGGAGCGAAGAGACGCGGACUACACAAGUGUACAGUGACGUGUGCAAAGUGCAUAGCCCCCUGAAGCAGAGCGCGGGCUCCGACGCCGGCGACGACGACGGUUGUGAUAAUGUUAAUAAUGAAACUGAACACGCGGUCGACGAGGGCGAGCAGCCCGAAGGCGACAAGCUUCCCAGCCCCGACAGCGAACUGGUGCAGUCGAUCAUUGAUAACAAGCUGCUAGAGAGCUCCGAGUCCGGCAUCGGAAUAAUCGACUCUGAGAAGACCGACAAACCUCUAAGCCGGCAGGGUAGCCUGGAUUACAUUCCGGUCAGGGACGUAGGAGACAGUCUCGCCAAAGAUGACAACACGGAUAAGAGCGAAGGCAUCCCCUCGAGCUUAUCGGCGAGCGAGGCGGCGAGCCCCGAGAAAGUAGUCGAUAUGAAUAUUAUAAAUGAGAGGGAAUCAGAAUUAUCGGAUCGGUCCGAAUUAUAUUUGACUCCCAGCGAGGCCACGAGUCCCAGAAGAACGCAGGAAAAGUCUGAAAUUAGUAUUUCUGAAGAGAUAACCAGCGAUGAUCCUAAACAUAUCGCUAUAAAUAUUGUAAACGAUGUGCUAACUAUCGCCCUCGAGACUGUCAAACUGAAGGCGGACGACGACACAGACUCCGGGGCGAUAUCUGGUGGACCGCACUCAGAGGGGAACACGCCUAACGGACGAGACGACUUUGAACAGGACAUGGAGGAAAUGAUCGAUCAAAAACAAACUGUUGAAACGAUCGCUAGCGAACUUGUUAUGGAUCUAAUUUCAACAGUUGUUGCUAAAAGUGAAGCCCAAGAAGAGAUGGUGAUCAAAGAGAGCGAAAGCCCAAAGAGAGUUUCGACCCCUGAACAUUCCGAGGAAGGAAAUGUUUUACCUUUAGAUGGAGAUUUCAUAGUUAAUCCCGAUAGCGACGGACCAUCGCAAGAUAUGUUGUCAAGUAAAAUUGCAGAAGAAAAUGCCAUAAAUGACAGCCAUAGAGUAGACGCAGAGGAGUCCGAAGAACACAAAACACCAGAAAUUCCCCCAAUUUCUACAAUUAGCGAGAAUAUAUCGCUCGCCAACAAAAAGCAACAGGAGCACGAAGAAGAAAGGAAUCGUGAGAGCGAAAGGGAAAAGAGACGAGUUAGUUUACCGGGCGACAGCGAGAUGAAGCAGGACGGCAGGACGGAAAAUGUAUCCCAAGGCACGAACACAUCUACUUCACCAAAACGACCGCGCAGUGCCUCCACAAGUACACAAGUCGAUUCAAAUCAUUUCGAGUCAAGUCGUCCGAAGUGCACACGGCCGAUGUUCUCGCCGGGCCCGACGCGACCACCGUUCCGCAUCCCCGAGUUCCGCUGGUCUUACAUACAUCAGCGUCUGCUGUCUGACGUGCUCUUCUCACUGGAGACUGAUAUACAGGUGUGGCGCAGUCACUCCACCAAGUCUGUGAUAGACUUUGUGAACAGCAGCGAGAACGCGAUCUUUGUGGUGAACACGGUGCACCUCAUCAGCCAGCUCGCAGACAACCUGAUCAUUGCGUGCGGCGGCCUGCUGCCGCUGCUCGCCUCCGCCACAUCGCCCAAUAAUGAGUUGGACGUGAUCGAACCGACGCAGGGCAUGCCUGUCGAGGUGGCGGUCACCUUCCUGCAGCGACUGGUCAGCAUGGCCGAUGUCCUUAUCUUCGCCAGCGCACUCAACUUCGCAGAGCUCGAGGCUGAGAAGAACAUGUCCAGCGGUGGGAUACUGAGGCAGUGCUUGAGACUGGUGUGCACGUGCGCGGUCCGCAACUGCCUCGAAUGCAAGGAGCGCCAGCGCUGCGCCGCCGCGCGUGCCGCACGAGCCCCGGACUCACCCGCUCCUAAGAGCGUGGUGGCGAGCUUAGCGGACGCGUCCAGCCCCGUGAAGGACCCCGAGCGUCUGCUACAAGACAUGGACGUUAACAGACUCCGCGCCGUCAUCUACAGGGAUGUGGAAGAGACGAAGCAGGCCCAGUUCCUGUCACUGGCGAUUGUCUACUUCAUCUCAGUACUGAUGGUGUCCAAAUACCGAGACAUCCUGGAGCCGCCGCACGCGCCGCCAGACUGCACGCGCAGACCACACCACCACGAACACCAUGCGGGGGGCACGCGUCCGCUGUUCCCGCAGUGGUCGCACCACGUGUACCCGCAGUUCCUGCCGGGUGGGCACCCGCACGCGCAUCGCCACCCGCACGCCCACUCGCACAAGCAGUGCGCGCACAAUACGCACGCGGCGCACGCACGCAUCGCUAACUACCGCGCGAACGCGGACCACAACGGCGAUGAUGUUGAAUACGCAAUGAUUGUCGUAGACGAAAAUAAUUCUACGAUAAAUGAGUUGGACUCACCUUCGAUGAAGGAUGAUAAAGAAGAAGGUGUGGCGCGUAUUGAAACUACUUCGGACGAGGUGAAACCGAAUACUAGCGAACAAACAAAGAAUGAAGAUUCUCCCGCAUCGGAGAAGGAGGAACCGCUUUACAAAUCCAGUCUCCGAGUGGCCAGGCCAAAGCCCAAGAGUGUAGAUUCGAUUGAAGACGCCGGUUCGUUUCAUCUCAACUCUACGGAGACCACAAACAAUGAUCCAGAGACAUCGAGUGAGAUCGCAAUGGACGAUAACAAACAUCCAGUAAGCAAUGACGAGUCGUGGACUGACGUGAACUUGAACGAGGAGGAGCGAGGUCCCGCCACCAUCACACGGAGGGACCACGAGGGGAAUAUACAUGAAGAAAUGGAGAAGCAGAUUCAGAUGAGGAAUGCGGAACAGCAGCAGUUGCAGCAGAGGCACCAGCGAAGGACCCUGCAGGCGUCGCAGCGACAUCUACAUCCGGAUAACGAGACCUUGGCGGGUCUGAGCGCGCUGGGUGCGGGCGAGCUGGGUGCGGGGCGCGAGGCGUCGCGCGAGGCCUCACUGACGCACAAGCUGGAGACGGCGCUGGGCCCCGUGUGUCCGCUGCUGCGCGAGAUCAUGUUGGACUUCGCGCCCUUCCUCUCCAAGACCCUCGUCGGCAGCCACGGACAGGAGCUGCUCAUGGAAGGUCUGCAGACGUUCAAGUCGAGCACGUCUGUGGUGGAGCUGGUGAUGCUGCUGUGCUCGCAGGAGUGGCAGAACUCGCUGCAGAAGCACGCCGGCCUCGCCUUCAUUGAGCUGAUCAACGAGGGCCGUCUGCUCUCGCACGCCAUGCGCGACCAUAUCGUCAGGGUUGCCAAUGAAGCUGAAUUCAUACUGAACAGGAUGAGGGCCGAUGACGUCCUCAAGCAUGCGGACUUUGAGUGCGUGUGUGCGAGCACGAGCAGCGAGCGGCUGGAGGAGGAGCGCACGUGCGAGCGGCUGAUAGCGGCCGCGCGCCGCCGCGACCACGCCGCCGCCGCGCGUCUACUCGACAAGCUGCGCCACGCCGCGCACGCCAGUAUCACGGGCACCGAGGAGGGUACCGGCGAGGGCUUCUGGAAGCUGGAUUCGUGGGAGGACGACGCGCGGCGCCGGCGCCGGCUGGUGCCCGACCCGCGCGGUCGCCGGCGCGCCGCACUGCCCGCGCACACGCACGCGCCGCCCACACCCCCUAGCGACGCCAUACUGCAGGCGACAGAGGAGCUGCACGCGCGCAUAGCGCAGGCUGCUGGCGGCGCGCAGCUGCCGGCGCCCGCAGCUGACCUGCUGGACGACGCCGACGCGCUGCUGGAUGAACGCGACGCUGAGCAGGAGCUCACUGGCCCGGUGAACAUCAGUACGAAAGCGCGGCUGGUGGCGCCCGGGCUGGUGGCACCUGGUACCGUGUCCCUCACCUCCACAGAGCUGUACUUCGAGGUGGAUGAAGAGGAUCCUGAAUUCAAGAAGAUUGACCCUGAGCGUUAUGACUACGGUGACUAA